CGCGGCCGGGAGCGCCGCGCGCGCGGGGAGCAGGGCGGCGGGCGCCGGGGCUGGCAUGGCGUGGCCCUGCAUCAGCCGCCUGUGCUGCCUGGCGCGGCGCUGGAACCAGCUGGACCGCUCCGACGUGGCGGUGCCGCUGACCCUGCACGGCUACUCGGACCUGGACGGCGAGGAGCCGGGCCCGGGCGGCGCCGCCUCGCGCAGGGUCCAGCCUCCCGCGGGCGCCCGGGACCGCGGCCGGGACGUGCCGCUCACUCAGUACCAGCGUGACUUCGGCGUGUGGACGGCGCCCGCCGGGCCCAGGGAUGCGCCGCCGGGGCGCGGGCCGGGGACGGGCGGCCGCAGGGACAAGUCCUCCGCGCCCCGUGCGCCCGGCGCCCGCGGGGUCUACGUGCUGCCUGUUGGAGAUGCGGACGCGGCUGCAGCAGCGACCACGUCGUACAGACAGGAAUUCCAGGCUUGGACUGGAGUGAAGCCCUCAAGAUCCACAAAGUCAAAACCAGCCAGAGUCGUCACAACCCACAGUUCGGGAUGGGACAGCAGCCCUGGGGCGGGCUUCCAGGUCCCAGAGGUGAGGAAGAAGUUCACUCCUAACCCCUCCGCCAUCUUUCAGGCCUCAGCGCCGCGGAUUCUCAACGUGUGACUGCCGGCCCCGUGACACCAUGGCUGCUGAGAGGACGACUAGGGAGCAGCCUCAGGACCCACUGCCACUGGGCCAGGCAAGAGCAUGGCAUGGGACCCUCCUGGAGGGCACAGCCCUCUCAAAGCUGUCGCCAGGGACCAUGUGCUGGUGUGGAGAGAUAUGCCAACGGACCUGGCACACCCAGCUCAGCUCAGCCGUCCUCCCGAGAAGCCCACGGAAGGCUCACACGUGUGUGACCGCCAUGUGGCCAUCCGAGGAGCCUGAGGAUCAAGUCAAUCGGAAGGAACUGGUCCACGGAAGCUGAGGAAUGUGGAUGCAUCGGCCCUUGAAGAACCAGUGAUGUCCACUUCUGGUGGAUCUCCUAGGAUGCAUGACCACGUGAUUUAUUUUACAACCUAUGCGAAUCCAAGGUAAGACCCUUGGCUUUUCCUACAAAUGGCCCCUGUGAUUGAAGCUGUAGGCAUCUUGGGCCAUCACCUGCAUGACUCAUGGUGAUGCUGAGUGUCCAGGAGGAAGUUUCCAGAAGAAACAGAGCAUCAGUCACGGGACCUCCACCUCACAGACCUCCUUAUGGCCACGAUGAGCCUCACGUUUUAACAAAACAUUUCUUGGGAUUGAAUGAAUCACAUUUGCCUUGUGGUAAGUGUCUAGAGACUCAGUCCACAUUUUAUUACUAAUUAUU